AUGUCAGCUUCUGACAAAGAAGAACUUCAAGAGACGGCCUUGGGUGAGCUGCAGGCUCAGCAAAGCCUAUUACUUGACAAAAUCGACGAGUUGCGCACAAUCGGCGUUGGCGGGUUAGUCGAACUACCCCAGCUUAUUGUCUGCGGCGCCCAAUCGAGCGGGAAAAGCUCGGUUCUCGAAGCUAUAUCGCGUGUGCGCUUCCCGACCAAGAGCAAUGUCUGCACUCGCUUUGCGACAGAAGUCAGCUUGCGACGCCUGCCAACGCCGCGGUUCAAAGUCUCUAUUGAAUCUGGGCCGUCCGAAAAGACUGCAGAGGAGAAAGCCAAGCUGGGAUCGUUUUCUUCCCCAGAAUUUGACAAUAUCGACCAGCUGCCGGACUUGAUCGAAAGCGCCCAAAAGUGCAUGACUGGCCUCGACAGAUUUGGGUUCAGCGAAGAUAUCCUCAAGGUCGAGAUUUGUGGUCCAGAUCAACCGGAACUGACCCUCGUCGAUUUGCCAGGUCUCUAUUCUGCUUCAAGUGAGACCCAAAGUGUCGAGGGUAUCGGGAUCGUGGAGGGUAUAACCCAGAGGUAUAUGCAAAACACCCGUAGCAUUAUCCUGAUGGUGAUUUCUGCAAAUGAUGACUUUCAUAACCAAUCCGUGCGAAACAACGCCACAAGAUGUGAUCCCUCUCAUGAAAGAACGGUUGGCAUUGUCACUCAGCCCGAUAGGAUGUACCAAGACUCGGAGACGGAGGCGUCUUGGCUUGAGAUUAUCAGAGGCGAGAAAUCCCAGCUUAAGCUCGGUUGGUUCGCUUUGGUGAACCGCUCUUUCAAGACCAAAGAUGUCUCGGAUGACGAAAGAGAUCGCAUCGAGAAGGAGUUCUUCAACACCGGGAACUGGAGCUCUGUCCCCAGAGACCGAGUUGGGAUUAGUAGCCUGCGGCAGAGUCUGAGCAGAAUACUGCUGAAACACAUAAGAUCUAACCUUCCUGGACUGAUUUCCGAUAUCGAAGAGAAGAUCCGAAGCCGGAGAUCUCAACUAGAAAAACUUGGUCCAUCUCGCUCAACGAUUCACGAGCAAAGAGGAUUUCUCUUCAGGCUGAGCGAUCAAUUUGUCCGUCUUACUAGGGACGGCGUUAAUGGCCAAUAUGAUGAUCCAUUCUUCGGGGGAUUGAAUGCCUCCGAUGAUCGAUGGGAGACACGUCUGCGUGCCAUUGUUCGUGUGUAUAACGAAUAUUUUGCUGAGGCCAUGUAUGCUCGUGGGUUUGCUGAAAUUAUUGUCGACGACAGUGCCGAUGAAUCAUCCUAUCAAGCGCUUGGCAGAGACAAAAACCUCUACGCCCCAAGCCCCCCUGAGCUGGUCAUUUUUAAGCGAAGAUCUGAGCUAGAAACCGAGAUUACGCAAAUGGUACCCCAAUAUCUAGGACGCGAGCUCCCUGGAAAUGCAAACCAGCUUCUCGUGGGUGCACUGUUUCGAAAACAGUCGAAGCCAUGGGAAGCGAUCGCACACAAACACCUGAUCCAGGUCUGGUCAUCUGUAAGCUCGUUCGUUGGCGAACUGCUGCGAACUUUCACAGAUGAUCACACCUACGGUCUACUCCAAGCAAUUGUGAUCGGCCCCGAACUGGAGAAUAUGAAAACGCGCAUUUUGGCCAAGCUCGACGAGUUGACUGCGCACAACAAGAAUGGCUAUCCACUACCCCUGGGCAAUGCAUUCCUUGAUAACAUGCAGAAAGUCAAGAGCGAUCGCCAUUUUCUGAAUUUGCAAGAGACUCUUGGCUCUGGUCCGCAGAACAUCACUCCUGAAAGACUGCGGUAUGCAACGGACCGUCUCGUGGCAUCUAGCAGUCGGUUUUGCGCAUCAGAGAUCAUCGAUCAGAUGCAAGCGUAUUACGAUACUACUAUCACCACUUUCAUCAACAAUGUCGCCAUUCUUGCGAUAGAGAACUGCCUUCUUGAGCCACUGCCUCUAAUUCUUACCAGCAAGACGAUUCAUGAUAUGCCUGAUAGUCAAGUGAAGACACUCGCCGCCGAGCCCCCUUCGUGCCAGGAAGAACGCGCUCGUUUGGGCCGCGAAUUGGAAAAGCUCCAAGCGGGAUUACAGGUCCUUGGUCAGUUCAAUAUCGCAAAGGGGCCGAAGCCAUCUCUGAAUCCAGCCGAGUCUGUACAUGAGCGGCAGACCAGUCAAUAUCCAACGCCAACCCCAAGUCCUUUCGCCGGAGCGCAGCGGUUGAGUAGCCCAGGCAAUGUUGCUGCAAAUUUGACCCCGCCAACAAGCAAAUCAAAUAUAUUUGCGCCCCAACCGACCUCGUCGACUUCAAGUGGGCUUUUUUCAAACCCAAGCUUUGGGGAGAAUUCAUUCGGAACAACGCCCUCGCAAUCGUCAUUUGGAAGCUCAGAGAACCUAUUCCAACCUCAGAGGCCCACCAGCUUCAUGAACAUAUCUGAGCCCGAUUCCCCGGGACCUGGCCCGCCAAAGAGAGGGAAAACUGGCAGUGGACUCUUCGGAGGCUCAUCUUCUACCAGAGAACCAUAUUACUACUCGACUACAGACGAGAACACUGGUUUCGAGCAUAUUUAUAUGCAUAUAUGUGGUUCGCCAGCAUACAUUGACCUUUCUCCAGAGGAAGUACGGGUAGAUUAUUAUGUGGAAGACGAAGACGAAGAACUGUAA